AUGGCUAGUACUAGUACUAACCCUACUUACAGUCACAGUGCUCCUCCUGCAGCAGCAGCCUUAGAUGGCCAGGAGGGAGGACAACAAUAUCACGGUUAUCAACAUGAACAUCAUCAUGGUCGACAUGAUAAGGAGGACCCGAAGCAGAUGAUGAGGAAUGAGCGUCUUGUGUUGGGGAUUCCACCAGGAUGGAGGUUUUGUCCUACUGAUCAAGAGUUGAUUUCUUUUUACUUGACCAGGAAACUCAUGAAUAACAUUUACCACCCUCAGCCCGUCAACAGCAGAAUCACUGACCUUCAUAUCUAUGACUUCAACCCCAAGAAACUUGCAGAAAAGUAUCAAUUACCAGAAGACCCUGAAAUGUACUUCUUUACCCCAAGGGACAAAAAGUACCCAAAUGGUUGUCGUCCCAGCCGUACAGCUGCUGAUGGGUUUUGGAAAGCAACUGGUGGGAAUAAAAAUAUCAAAGAAAGGGGCAAAACUAUUGGGUACAAGAACACAUUGGUCUUUUUUCUAGGAACACAAAAGAAGGGAACAAAGACUGAUUGGAUUAUGCAAGAAUACACGAUUAGACAAUACAAGCCAUCAAAUAGGCCAGCUCCAGCAGGUCAUUGUGACACCAAGUUGGAUAAGUGGGUUCUAUGCAAGAUCUAUGAGCACAAGAAAAGCAAGAAGAACAGAAAAAAUGGGAGUGUUUCUGACGAUGAUGAAGAGGAGAUAAAUUCAUCAUCAGCUCUGGUAUUGCAAGGUCAAGAAAGUCAAGACCAUCCAUUGCUUCAUAAACCUCUAUCGCCACCUAGGAAUAACAUGAACCAUGAUGGGCCUUCGACUUCUUAUCAAGCGGGACAUUACAACAUGAUCAAUAAUAAUCACAGUGAUUAUGCAUUGAACAACGGAUUGAUGUCACCAUUGGGGUCAACUAAUGGCUAUGGAGCUCAUCAAGAUCAGGUGAGACAUUUAGCUCCAAUGUUACACUUGCCUGGUCAACAAAUGCAGCCAAUUCCUUUGGUUCAUAGCACGGAUGUCAACAAUCAAGAUGCUCAUGCAUUCAAUGGAAUCACAACGUACUACAAUCAGUCCACUCAAUAUGGUUUUGGAGAUCAAUCUGUGCCAAUGUACAACAAUGCAUCACAACUCAACAAUAACGGCUAUCCAUCUAGCAUAAUUUCAGUUGAUACAAUGGAUCAGUAUUGGCUCAAUGAGCCACUUACAGACUUUGAUUUCUUGUUCGAUGCUAUCGGUGAAGGAGUUCUUUAUGGCAUGCCAGAUGUAUUGCCACUCAGCUCGAUGCCUCACAUUAACCCUGCGUCGCAGAGCACAAAAGCUGAUGAGAAAAGUAGUACCACUCCAACUGAUAAUCAUUAG